GACUACGAGCCAGCCUGGGCCGACGUCCGCUCCAGGAUGACCAGCGGUGCCUCUGUGGACGAGGCUUGGAAGGAGGUCGUCAGGAUGACUGAGACGGCCCUGAUCGAUCGGUGCGGCCUCAGCGAGCAGGGCAGCAAGUACCGUGGUAGCUGGACUCCAGCACACCAGUGGAUCUCCCAGUGGGUGUUCGAGGCGCGCAGGGCCGCCUCGCUGAGCACCACGCACUCGCGCCUCGACGGGCUGCUCAGCCUGCGCAGGCUCAGCUCCAGGCUGCCGCCCAACGCCGACGGGGACAUGGCCGACCAACAGCGACUCAACAUGUGCAAGGCGCUGGCGUUCAUCGGCAGCGUCUUCGACUCCCUCGGCGUGCCUUCGGCAGGGUGCCUCGCGGAGAUCGCCGGCGCCAUCGCCAAGCAGUACAUCGAGGACGCUAUGAAGCUGGCGAGGAAGCGUUUCGGCAACGGGAUCGACCAGCAGCACGCGCUGGGCGGCAAGGGGCUGCACGCCUUCACGCGCGAGCCCAUGCCUUGGCACCCUCGCCCGCUGGCCGCCGACGCGCCCGACGGCGAGGACGAGCCGCCGCUGCCAGUCCCUGCCGACCAGCAGACCUGCGUGGAGUG